AUGUCACAAAGCAAAAUAACCAGGAUCGACCGUGCAGAUUCUGAUAGCACUCCAGAUUUCUCUCUGAAUCUGAUCGACGAGGACCUCAUUAGAGCCGAGAGCGAUGACAAGUUGACGCUUUACUUGUUCUCUUUGAUUCUGGCUGCUGCGAUGGCUGGUUUUCUGUUCGGGUACGAUACAGCGGUUGUUGGCGUAGCCUUACCGUUGAUUGGCGAUGAUUUGGGCCACGAGUUAACAUAUUCGCAACAAGAGAUUGUCACUGCGGGUACAACCAUUGGAGCGAUUUUCGGAUCCUCCAUUCUAGGAGCAUUCGCCGACAAAUUGGGACGCAAGUGGUGUAUUACCAUUGCCGAUGCAUUCUUCACGGUGGGGGCUGUUCUCAUCGCCUCGAGUUACUCUUUGGCCCAGAUCAUCGUCGGACGUAUCAUUCUAGGCGUAGGGGUCGGAGGUGCGGCGGUGAUUGCGCCCAUGUACAUCACAGAGUUAGCCCCGACUGCCGUACGUGGUCGAUGCAUUGGCAUCAAUGCCUUGUUCAUUCCCGUAGGACAAGUUGUGGCUGCCGGUAUAGGCGCCGGUGUACAGAAUAUGCAACAUGGAUGGCGUCUGCUUUUUGCUCUUGGUGUUGUACCUUCCGUCGUGCAACUUGGCCUGAUGCACUGGCUUCCGGAAUCGCCCCGAGUGUUGAUUUUACGAAACAGAAAGGAGGACGCUCGACAAGUCAUGCGGAAAAUCUAUGAGCAUGCGUCUGAUGCUCAAAUCGAAUUCAAGCUGCGCGUUGCCGAGGAAUAUGUCGCUGCUACAACCAAACUGCAGAGACAAAUGACUUUAUCGCAGCGAUUGCACAAGAUAUGGGCCACCAAAGCGUACCGAAGACCGAUCAUCACUGUCAGCGGUCUUCAAUUUUUUGGGCAACUCUGUGGCUUCAACGCCUUGCUGUACUAUGCUGGUACGCUAUUCGGGUUGUUAGGCCUGUCAAAUCCUGCACUGGGAGGUCUGAUCCCUUCCGGAGUCAAUGCUCUUUUUGUGGUGAUCGGCAUGUCCUUGGUUGACAGGGUAGGAAGACGUGGGCUACUCGUAUGGGCUGGGCCAUUGAUGAUCGCCGGUCUCGUUUGGAAUAUUGUCGCUUUUUACUAUAUGUGUCAGCCUACCGGAGGCUUCCUGGACACGGAAUUUUCGUACGACAAGACUCAUGUCGGUGCCGUGAUCGGCGGAAUCGUGCUGUUCACAAUGGGUUUUGGGAUGACCUACUCCCAUUUGGCCUGGUAUCAAUCAGAAUUCCUCGCAUUGGAAAUUCGAGCAUCGGGAUCCGCUAUUGCCACGACGACCUGCUGGGUAGCCAACCUGGUGGUCUCAGUAUCAUUCUUGUCGGAGUUGGAGACCUUAACUCCCUCCGGAACAUACGGCUUAUACCUUGGGUUCGUUGUGGCUGGUUAUGUCUUCGUUCUGUUUUGCUACCCCGAAUCCAAGGGUUUGUCCAUUGAUGAGGUUGCAACCGUGUUCCAUGAUGGCUUUGGUGUCCGGAAGUCGGUCGAGAUGCGACAGGCCAAGGAUGCCCUUCGGCAAAAAUGGGCCAAGGAGAAUGAUGGAAACAUUCAUGAUGCUGCUCAGAAGGCGCGAGACACGGCUCAUCUGGAGUUCUCUGCACGGCAAACACGAGGUUUCCGUGACGAUAUCGAAGAGCAAGCGUGA